AUGGAGGUGAAGGCUAAGCCGGUGAGGGGCGGAAAGAGGACCGGGGCGAGGGGCAGCAGGGCGGUACCUGUUGAGAAGAAGGCCUCGGAGAAGGAGAAGAGGCAGCGCAUGAAGGCGCUCUGCGGGAAGCUCGCGUCCCUCAUCUCAAAAGAACACUUCCCCCACGCUGAUACAAUGACCCAGUUAGGCAGCCUGGAUGUGGCGGCAUCAUACAUCAAGAAGCUCAAGGAGAAGGUCGAUGAGCUACAACACAAGAAGACCUCUAUACAAGCCAUGGCUACCUUACUGGGAGUUAGUGGCAUCGCGACACCCAUUAUCACUGCUACCACGAGCGGCGGCGCGGGGUCACCAGAAGGAGGGAAAAAAUUGGAGGCAUCGCCACUAGUAGUGGAGGUGCGGCAACCCGGCGAUGCAAGCAUGGAGGUGAGACUGAUAUGCAGCACAGAGAGGCCUAUCAAGCUCCAUGAGGUGAUUACAAUUCUUGAGGAAGAAGGGGCCGUCAUCAUCAAUGCUAAUGACUCUACUUCUGCCCACAGAAUAUUCUACACUAUACACUCCCGGGCCUUCAGCACUAGAAUUGGCAUAGAUGUUUCAAGAGUUUCCGAACGACUAGGAGCAUUGGUUUGA